AUGGCAAGGCUGUAUGGAUAUUUGGAUAACCUAGGAUACACACUGAAGGAUGUUGCCAACUAUCGCGCCUCAAUACGAAUGGAGCACAAGUACACUAAUAUGGAGGACACAAUGGAUUAUUUUCGAAAACUUCAGCAGCAAGACAAGGACUUCUACUACAAGUACAAGCUUGAUGAGGAGUUCCGAGUCCAGAACAUCUUUUGGGUAGAUGGAGCAGCAAGAAGGGUCUACAAGCACUACAACGAUUGUGUCUCUUUCAACACGACGUACAUGACCAAUAUCUACAAGAUGCCAACAUUCCUGAAGGCAAUGGACGGUCUCGCGCCGAUAAACAUUAUAACUGACCAGGAUUUCGCCAUGAGGGCCGGAAUUGAUGAGGUAUUCCCUAACACCAGGCACAGGAAUUGUAGGUGGCAUAUCAUGAAGAAAGCCACUAAAAAGUUAGGGUCCUACCUUGCUGGAAGAAAGGAACUUCAUGCAGAAUUCAACGACUUGGUGAACAGCAGCAUGACGCCGGAUGAGUUUGAGGAGAAAUGGAACACUAUGGUGCAAAAACACAGCUUGGAGGAGCAUGAAGACUUAAUCAGCCUAUACCACAAGAGAAGCUGCUGGGUGCCCGCAUACUUUAUGCAAAGCUUCUACCCAUUCUUGCAAUCCACGGCACGAAGCGAGGGGUUCAACGCCGUGCUAAAAAAAUAUGUUAACCCGCAAAAUUCAAUAUCUGAUUUCAUAGAACAGUAUGCUGCUCUGCAGGAAAAGAUCAUGAGGGCUGUCUCUAAGCAAGAGGCUGACAUGGCAAUAACAACAGCCCCAACAUGGUCUUGGCACCCUAUAGAGGUUCAUAUGUCUAAGGUCUACACCCGGAAUAUCUACAAUAGGUUCCAAGCAGAAAUGCAGCAAGUCAUGUCUUACCAUUGCAGCCAGCUGAACAACAACUCAUUUAUGCUUGUUUGCAUCACAAGGUUUGUGCCGGACCAUGGAAAUAGAUCCUAUAGAGUAACUGCAGAUGUCGGAGAAGCGAAAUACUCAUGCGAAUGCUGCAAGUUUGAGAGGGAUGGCAUGCUAUGUUGCCACAUUGUGAAGGUGAUGCUGCAAAUGAACGUGCUUGAAAUGCCAGAUGCAUAUAUAUUCAAGAGAUGGACAUGGGAUGCAGAGGAGGCAUUGAUAGAUGAAUCAGCACAAGGCGGAACAGGGAGAACGGAGAUGCCCGAAGAAUCAAGGAGAAAGAUGAAGUACACGUAG